UGAGCCCCUGUGAAUAUUGUCACAACAGCAGUUUCUUCACGGAGGCACAGGAACCGACCCUCGAAGGACUUCUACCUAACAGGGGCCAUGCCCCGCUUCAAGAAUCCCAACCCAGGGAUGUCCCGGGACAGCAGCGACUUCUGUGGUCUCAGCCCCGUGGAGACCCCGAGGGGCCCAAGGAAGCCCCCCAAAGAUAAGAGAGCCCAAUCCUUGGACCGGCAGGAUCCCAAGAAGGACUCUGAGUCUUUGAACUCCAAGCCACCCUCCGGGUCCACUCACAGGAAGGCGCUUCGUCGGACGGCCAGCGAUGGGGCCAGAGCUUCUGGGAGCCCAUGUCACUUUGCAGAGACCCAGGGAGCUGUGGCCCCAGCCCUCCCUCUGGGAGAGGAGAGUGAAUUUCUCCCCUGUGAGCAGGGACCCCCAGAAGACACCAAGAAAGAGAAGGCCCCGAAGCAAGGCCAGCAGAGCUGGAUGAGUGUGUUGCUGAGUGUCUUACUCCUAAGGGUUGGUCUGGAGGAGCCCAGAGAAAAGGCCAGCAGGAAGUCAAAGGGGAAAGGGGAGAUGAGCAAACACCCAGAGGCAGCCGAGGAGCCGGGCCUCAGGAAGAAGUCUCAGGAGAAGAAGGCCGGUCGCAAGAAACACAGUCACUGGAAGCCUGCUGCUGAAGAACCCACAGGGCCCCGGAACUCAGAGGCAGACGGCCAAGAGGUCAUACCGCCCAGCUUGGCUACCUCACACACCGAGGAGGCAGACCUGGGGCUGAUCCGCAGGGGGAGACCAGAUUCUGGAGCCCCCCAGGCCUUGCCUGCAGAGGGAGGCUGUGCUGGAUCCUCAGAGAAUUCUGCCCAAGCUGCGGGUCCCCCAUCAGAAGAGGACCCCCAGAAACCUGACCAGGAUGAACUCAUCUGGAAGAUAGUGGAAUUGCUCAAGGAGGCAGGGGACCGUUUAGAGGAAGAGCAAGUGCAAAUCCCUCAGCCGGAAGUAGCUCCCCGAAAGGCAACGCCGCCCCCCAGGAAGAAAUCCCAGGAAAAGAGGUCCAGUUUGAAGAAAGCCUUGUCCCUCAAGAGGCUUGCCCCCGAGGAACCCAAGAGAGUGGGUGCAGCCACUGCCCUUGGCCCAGAAACCCGGCCCAAGAGGCCCAGCUUCCUACCCCUGUGUAUUAGUAGCCAGCGACCUUCCACCUCCAGCAUCCAUGACUCAGAGGAGCCCGGAUUCCAGGAGGCCCUGUCUGUAGACGGUGUGUGUUCACAUCCCUCUGAACUUCACACCACCCCAGCUGACGGUCAGGGACCCACAGAGAAGCCGCCGAGGGACAGAGCCUGGGAAUCCAGAGAAUUCAGGCGGAAGAUCCUGGCCCUACUCCAAAAUGCAGAGGAACAGAAGGGAGAGCAGCCAGCUCAAGUCCAGGAGGCAGAGGAGGCUGGAGAAAACCCUGCCCCAGCCUGCAAGGUGAAGUCACAUGGGAAGAAGUCCAACCUCCGACGGGCCUUUUCCCUCAGAAAACACGGUUCCAAGGAUCCCAAGAGGACAGAGGCUUUGAGGUCUCCGGGUGCUGCCAGCCCGGAGGCCCGGCCACCCAAACGGCACAGCUUCCUGCCCAUGUGUGUCAGUGGCCACAGAGCUUCCAUCUCCAGCGGCCCAGGAGACCUGGAGUUCCAGAAGCUGAAGGCUGCAGGAGGAGAACCAGCUGGGUCCCCAGAGGUGCCUGUCCAGAACAGAAGCCACACGCCAGACGAGCAGCCUCUACCAGAGGGAGCCUGGGAAUCUAAGGAGUCCGUCAUCCACAAGUUGGUGGAAGGUCUCCAAGAGGUGGACAGCGAGCUAGGGAGGCAGAUCCGGCAGUACCCCAGCUUCAGGAAUUUUUUUAAUGAGUUCUCAGAUGCCUCCCUCAGGAAGCUGGUGGCCACUUUAGACAGACAGAAGACCCGCCUCUCGGAGGAAGACAGGCGCCUGGUCAACAGACCCCCACCGUGCGCCUUUGGCUCACUCAACAGGUUUGCCGCCAACCACAGCUGUGCCAUCUGCACCCUCAUGCAGUCCAGAGGCCAAUACAGGGGGCACAGUUACGCCCACUUCCUGUCCAGGAAGGCCCAGCAGAACAUCACGAGUCUGGCUGGUCAGAGUCCAGACUGAAGGCCGCCGCAUCUCAUACCCCAAGUUCUUUGGGACUAGCCAGUAGCCACCAGCUUUGGCAUGGAGACCCAGAAGACAAACAGGACAACCUGGUCUGUGCUUCCCAAACACGCCUGGAGAUGGACAAUGACACUCUGCGCAGUCGGCACUCUCUGGACCCAGAGGCCAACUGGGGGUGGGCACUGGGUUAGGGUUGGGAGAGCGGGCUCCAUCCACUGAACCUGAGGAGAGGUCUCACCUCUGCAUCUCUCCAUUCCACUGUCAUGAAGGCUGACUGACACCUGCCAGAUCCAGCUUUCAAUGAGUAUUAUCGUGUGUGUGUGUGUGUGUGUGUGUGUGUGUGUGUGUG